UUUUUCAUUCCAGCAACUAUUUCCAUGAUAUUGGUAGGCACAGUCUACGGAUGGAUCACUAUCUCUCUUCCCGGUUUAACCUCCGGAGAUAAUAUGCCGUUGAAAUUAACCGACGACGAAGGUUCCUGGCUUGUAUCUCUGACAUUAAUCGGUUCAACGAUAGGUGCAUUUAUGGGUGCCAUUAUCGCUGAUCGUUACGGCCGUAGAUUCUGCCUACUAGGGUGCAGUGGAUUUUUCAUCCUAGGUUGGUCAUUCGUUCUGCUGGCAACCAAUGUCGAAAUCCUGUACGUUUCUCGCGUGAUUCUCGGCAUAGGCGUUGGCAUCGCCUACACAGCGAGUCCGAUGUACGUCUCGGAAGUGGCCGACACGAAAAUCAGAGGCACUCUGGGCUGUUUGACCGCCGUGAACGUGUUAACCGGAUGGGUUUUUACUUGCCUCAUAGGAUUCUUCGUAUCCUACGCCACGUUGGCAUGCGUUUUUUUAAUACUGCCAAUGAUAUUCGUCGCAAUAUUCGUAUGGUUCCCCGAAAGUCCCUAUUAUCUGGUGGCAGUCGGCCGAAGAAAGGAAGCGUACAGGUCGAUAUCGUACUUCAAAGGAACCACCAAACGCAACCAACUGAGGAUGGAAAUGAAGCACAUUUGCAAAAUACUCGGCAGAGACGAUUCGUUUAAACCGAAUAACCGCAGCGCGGACAUGAAUAGGCAAUCGUGGUUGGACAAGAUUCGACUGAUGAAACAACCCAGCAACAGAAGAGCUCUGUGCAUUGUCAUUGGGUUAAUCACGGCGCAGCAACUCAGCGGGAACUUCUGCACCAUGCAGUAUGUGGAAUCGCUCCUCACGAAAAUAUUAUUUCCUGGUCCAUAUGCAACGUCGACUUCAGUUUUGAUGCUUAGAUUAUCAUUUAGCAUUCUAACGACAGUGUCAGUGGAAACUGUUGGAAGACGAAAGUUCCUCAUAACAUCCACGUUUGGAUUGUGGCUUACAUUGAGUGUCCUCUCGUGUUACUUGGGUUUCUUCAGGAAACUCAACGACAUGGGCAUCGACAAUCUGGCCUUUAUUGACGUAAUUUGUUAUCAAUUAUUGUAUCAAUUUGGUUUGGGCACGUUAACUAACGCUCUCCUAGGCGAAUUGUUUCCCAUGGAAGCAAAAAGUGUCGCCGGAGCCAUCGUCAUGAUGUUUGAUGGUAUAUUGGGGUUCACUGUGUUAAAACUGUACCAAGUUAUCAACGAUAAUGCUGGACUGUGGGUAACGUAUACCAUCUUCAUGUUUUGUUCCUUGAUCUCGUUUGUCAUGGUGUAUUCCUUCGUUCCGGAGACCGAAGGGAAAAAUUACCAGGAAAUACGAGCUCUUCUAACAGAAGGUAAGGUCGUGAGUACUCCGACCAAAGAAAGACAGUGCAUAGAAGUAGAGCAUGGACUACCAAGAGACGAAGAAAACGGAAGACGGGAUGAAGUUCACGGCGAUGGAAUAGCAGACGCAGAAAUAGUAGUAAACGACGGAAACGGGAAAGAAAGAAACAUAGAAAUAGUAAGCGUCGAACACGAGGAAAAGAGGAACGUAAGCGCAGUAAACGCUGAACUCGAGGAAGAGAGAACUGAAGAACGAGGAAUCGAGGAACAAGUAACCGAGUAAACAAA